ACGAGGAACAACUGCAGGGGCUAACAACCGAAUGGAUUUACUCUCACUUGUUACAAGUGGUGUGAAUGAUAGUGAGGUCAGAAACAGCUCUGAUGAGGACAUUCUUGAAUUGGUAGAAGGAUGGCAAGAUGAUGAAACUCACAACCCAGAUGUGCCUGCAGUCUCGCAUAAGAGGGGUUUAACCCCAUUUGUCUUCGUUCCAUUUGAAGAGGUGGAAAGAUCGGUGUUAAACCUACCUGUGGAGAAGAUGGAUUAUUUUGUUCCAGGGUAACAUCUCUGCAAACAUAAAGAUUUGCCUGUAAAUAUGAAAUAUUUUGUUUCAGGAUAACAUCUCUGCAAACAGAAAAAUUUGCCUGUAAAUAUGGAAUAUUUUGUUCGAUUAGCCUAAGUGAGUUGUAUCUGUGUUAUCUGGCCA